AUGCCGUUCGGUCAAACGAUUGCCGUCAUUGACAAGUCCGGCAAAAUGGUGAGCACGAGUAAGCAAUUAUUCGGAGUUUUCAACCAUGCCAAGGAUGCCUAUCGCGAGCGAAAGUCUGCAUAUCAAUCAGAAAGAAAUGCAAAAAUCGCCGAGCAGCAGAUCCUGGAGCAGCUGGAGCGCUAUCAGAUUGAAGAGGCACCAUCUGCGGCGGGUUCGCGCCGGAGCAGAUCAAGACAUCACAGCGGACGUAGCCGCGCUCCGUCCCAAUAUGGCGAUGGGCGGACGGUCGUCUCUCGCCGGGACUCUCAAUAUGAUCCCCCACAGACUAUUGCCCGUCGUCAUACCCAUCAUGAGGUCACAGUGCGAGACCAGUCUCGCCCGUCAACAGCUCGAUCUAAAUCUGAUGCGCACAUCGACAUGGAUCUUGCAUACGGGGACGCAUCCCCUGCCGCAUUAUCUCGAUACAGCCCCCCAGAACCAAAGAAUAAUCAGAAUGAGCUAGAUGGACUUGUUCAUCGUGCUCAGUGGCUUUUAGAGGAGGCACACUGUAUGCAACAUGGUGCCACCGCUACCAUUGCCCACCUCCAGAAGAACCCAGAUGCCAUGGCUGCCGUCGCUCUAACACUAGCGGAAAUCAGCAACGUCGCCCGCAAGAUGGCUCCCACCGCACUGACUGCCCUCAAGUCAGCCUCUCCCGCGGUUUUCGCUCUCCUUUCCAGUCCACAGUUCCUCAUCGCCGCCGGUGUAGGUCUGGGUGUCACCGUCGUCAUGUUUGGCGGUUACAAAAUCAUCAAGAGGAUCUCCGGCAACGACACCGAGGCACCAAACCCGCAACAACCUCACCCAGAACCGGAGAUAGAAAUGGAGGAUAUGAUGGAGCUCAACACGGAAGCCCUCAGCUCCGUUGACAUGUGGAGACGUGGUGUUGCAGACGUGCAAGCCGAGAGCAUGGGAACCUCCGUCGACGGCGAAUUCAUCACACCAACCGCCGCAGUCAUGUCCGGCAUCGAUGUAACCACCGCACGAGCCCGUCGCGACCCACGCUUCAAGUUCGACGACGACGGCUCAGUCGCCUCAUCUCGUCGGUCUCGCCGUUCCCGAACCUCUCGGGCUCCAACCGCUGCCCCUUCAGAGCAUCGCAGUGAACGCCGCUCCAGAGCUCCUCCCUCCGAGGCUCCAUCGGGCUUCUUUUCUAGACCCUCCAGAUCUAAGGCUCCCUCCAAGGCACCAUCCAAGGCCCCAACCAAAGCUCCCAGUCGUGCACCCAGCCGUGCCCCCAGUCGCGCACCAUCAAAGGCCGGCACCUACAUCUCCGAAAGCGAGAAACUUCCCAAACCAAAGGAGAAGAAGAAGGGACCUAGCCGCUUACGACUUAUGUUUACAUCAUAA